AUGUCGAAGCCUUCUAUCAUCUUCGCCCCCGGCGCCUGGUACCCGCCUACGGCAUUCGACCCGAUCAUCAAGAAGUUGAACGGGCAUAGCUAUAACUGCCACACGAUCGCAUUUCCCUCCGUCCAACAAUCGACUACGGUUCAGGACUUGCAGCCGGAUAUCGCGGCAGUGCGAUCACUGGUCGAGCAAGAAGCAGACGCCGGCCAAGAUGUGCUUGUCGUUUCUCAUAGUUGGGCCGGCCUACCAGUGAACAGCGCGCUGGAUGGACUAAAAAAAGCCGACCGUGAACAAAGCGGAAAAAAGGGUGGUGUGGUGAAGCUGGUGUUCAUCGCUGCGUUUAUUCCGCGCGUCGGCGAGAGUCUGAUCGGGGCAUUUGGCGGGAUCCCGCCGCCCUGGUAUGUGGGAGAUGUUGAACAAGGGACGGUGACAGCCAGUGAUCCAUUCACAUUAUUUUUUCAUGACGUGGCAGACGGCCAAGAGUGGGCGAAGACGCUCCGGCCCCAUGCAUGGUCUACGAAAAACGCGCCCGCUACCAGCGCCGCAUACAUGGAUAUCCCGUCGUCCUAUCUACUAUGCGUAGACGAUCGGGCUCUCCCUCUUGCUGUUCAACAAUUGAUGGUCGAUCGUGCACAGCGAAAGGGCGCUAUAAUUGAAACGGAGAAGAUCAGCGCCGGGCAUUCGCCAUGGCUUGCCCAGCCCGAUCAGGUGGUGGCGUAUAUUCGGAAGCAGGCCGGCGAGCAGAUCUAG